AUGAGCUGCUGUAUUGCUGGAGGAUCUGCUUUGGUCGGAAGCAGCUUUGGAGACGGGAGGAGCGAGAUGGGGGUUAAGUUGGAGGUGUUUCGGAUGACAGUCUACCUCACCUUCCCCGUGGCCAUGUUCUGGAUUGCCAACCAGGCAGAGUGGUUUGAGGACUAUGUCAUACAGCGCAAGAGGGAGCUGUGGCCACCUGAGAAGGAGAGCCAGCGCCAAGAGCUGGAAGAAUUCAAAGAGCGGAUACGGAAGCAGCGGGAGGAGAAGCUCCUUCGAGCUGCCCAGCAGAACUGAGGCCUCAUGUACUUGAACUCUAGCCCCUUGGCCCACACAAUAAUACACAUACUCAGUCC